AUGCGGAUAAUUCACACGGGAACCAUAGUGUUGCUGUGUCUGGCGUUAACGAUCGAUGCACAGUGGUUCGGCAGUAGCAAAAAGAAACAAGAUGAGGAUCCGAAUGUUGCACUGCUUUCGUAUGCACCGGUCGAUCCCAGUGUGACUCCAUCCUCGACGAUCGCUACUCCCACCAGUACCACACCCAUUCCGUCGACAACGACCAAGAAAGGAUUCUUCGGCAAACUGUUUGGGGGAAGUUCGAAGAAUGAAGAGAAGUCUACUACCACCACAACGACGACGACCACCACGACUACCGUAGCGACACCGACCACAAAGAAGCAGGGUUUCUUCAGCGGGCUAUUCGGUGGCAAAAAGGAUAAAACAUCCACGACUACGGUUGCCCCCUCGACAACGGCUAGAUCGGGCACUACGGUAAAACCGGGUACGGUUACCACCGCAAAGACAUCCGCUGUACCAACCGUCGUUACUACCGCCAAGACGCUGGUGUCCAUUGCCGGAGUCACGUCAACUACUGCGAAAUCGGUCUCGACACUGUCGACUGGUGCUGCAUCAUCGACAACCACAACGACACCCAAAUCGAAGGAUGCGUUCCCUGCACUGCCUCCAUCGCGCAGUGGAAGUCCCACUCCGGCACCCGUACCGACGUCAACGGUUGCGAAUGCUUGGACACGUACUCCAUCGACCGUACAGCCGGGUGGUAAACCGGGCGUUAGCUUUGUGCCGACCACUCCCGGAACACCUGGUGCCCAGAAAGUGAGCACUACACCGGCUUCGGCUAGUGCCGUUGGUGAUGGCCCUACUACGGACGAUGAACUGAUGGCAUUGUCAGAGUUGCUGUUCACCAAAGACACCAACAGCCCCAGCAAGUUCGUUACGAUUAACUAUCAGAAACAGACCUCAUCCUUUGUUAACACCGAUGAGGCGCCAAAUCCCUUCCUGACUGUGGAUGAGGCAAAGAUUUACGCCAUUCCGACGAUCGAGAAAAUGCACGCACUGUUCAACAACUACGAACUGGAUACGAUGACUAACGAGUACGUGACACCGCUAGAGAAGAAGGAGGAGAAUGACUUUGUCGAUGCUUUGUUGGCCACAAAUGUGAUGCGUCAAGCGAUGCUAUUCCUGCAGAAGAAGGGUAUUGUGACGGCUGAUCCAAAAACUCACCACGAGCUGCUCAAGACGAUCUGGUUUACAUUGUACUCGCGUGGUAACGGCAAGAUUGGCAGCUCCGGGUUCGAGCAUGUGUUCCUGAACGAGGUCAGCAAUGGUACGAUGAUUGGGCUACAUAAUUGGUUGUACGUCUACGAUAUGGAGAAAGCCGGGCGAAUCGAUUACAAGGGCUGGAACAAGAAGAUGGAGCUGGGCACGAAAGGAGAAAUUGCCAAAGUUCGGCUGACGUUCGAUAAUCUACAGAAACCGUCCAACUCGCUGUUUGUCGGCACUUCACCCGAACUGGAAAUCGCGCUCUACACCGUUUGCUUCCAGGUGCGACCGGACAAAGAAUGUCCACUCGCGAUCAAUGGUAAGCCGUUCACGAUCAAGACCUUCACGUUCCGGUAUCGAGGUAAAAACUUGAUCGGCGGUGCAUGGCCAAAUAUCUAA